UUUUUUUCAAAACGGAUAGAAUGAGAACGAAACAUCUAGUUUUGUUAGGUGUUAUUCUAAUGCAAGGUAAGAUUUCUUUGAAAACUAUUUAGUUUGUUUUGUGUAGGCAUUGCAUUAUGACCUAACUACACUUUUGGAUUAGCAAAAUGAAUUAGAUUGUGAAAAUACAGAUUUUGUACAAAUGUUAUAAGAUUUUGAAUCAUGGGGAGAGAUUAUUGAAUUGUUGUAAGAUGGAUAAUUAGAUUAAGAAAUGAAGCAACUUGAAGAACUUUCAUAAUUUACAAAUGAAAUGAUUUCAGGUAAUUAAAUUUAAUAAUCUUUUAGCUAACCCAAAUGAUUUGAUGGAAGAUUCCUCUUAUGAUGAAUAAUUAGAGUCUUUGGAUGAACAAUUAUAAACAAUUCAGAACUAAUAUAAUGGACCAUAAAGAAAAUUUUUAUUCGAAUAAAGUAGAUAAAUUUCAGAUUAAAUUAGAAGAGUAAUUGAAUCAAGUAUGAUAAUGUUUUAAUCUCAUUAUAGGAUCAUUUGAAUAAAAGAGAUCAUAAUUGGCAAUGUUAUAUGGAUUGAUUGAAUAUUUAUUGAAAUAAAUUUCUAGAGUCUAAAAUCAAUAUUAAUAAACAACAUAACCAUAACCAUAACAAAGAUAAUAAUAACCUUAACCAUAAGUAUAACCAUAACAAAGAUAAUAAUAACCUUAACCAUAACCAUAAUAAAGAAUAAAAGAAUAAAGAGAGAGAGUUAUUGCUAUGAAAGAUAAAUGUGGUGAUAGAUAUUAAUAGAGAAAAGUUUCAAAAUAAAGAGUUGUACCAGGAAAUUAUAGAUAAAAUGAUCAUCCAGUACCAGAAGAGGUUGGUUGUGACAUUCCUUUCCCAUAAUAAAGAUAACCAAAAUGUGUAGUUGGAUCAGAUAUAGUAUUAACAAGUUCAAUAACUGCUGAUUAACCCACUGUUUCAACAGAAGUAAAGAAAUUGAAAGAUGUUAAUGAAUAUGGUUUUGGUUUUUGGAUGAGAUUUUUAACUUUAUAUCCAGAAUAAUUAUAAACUGGUUUGAGCGAUUAAUCUUACUUUGUAGCUAAAUUAACAAAGAAUUAAUAAGAUGGAGAUGAUUAGAUUGGAGAUAGAUUAUUAACUAUAUUCUAAACUUAAGAAUAAUAUAUUUUCAGUGCUUAACACGAUAAACCUGAAAGAAAGGAGGCAACAGCUGCAAUAGUAUUUGGAGAUAUUGAAGCUGUUUGGACAUAUGUUUAUUACAGUUACUCAGCAUAUUAAUAAUAAGCUAUUGGUUUCUAUAAACAAUCAAAUAGUUAAUUAGUUAAAUAAGUUACAUUACCAGCAUCUUAAGGAACUCCUUAAUAUUUAAGAUUUGUUUUGGGAGGAUAAUAUUUUGAUUUCCCAGGAUUCAAUGGAUAAAUUAGUAGACCAGUAUUAGCAAUUGGCUUAGGAACAUAUUUGAUCAAUGAAUAAGAAUUCUUAUAAUUUGCUAUUUCAUGUAAUCCUUAACCAUAUGUUGCUCCCUAAAAAUUAGUUCCAUAUUAAUUCGUUAGAGAAUCAAAAUAUGUAGACAUUGAAGAUAACACAGCACCACCAACAUAAGAAUUUAUUGAUUUAUUAUUACCAGAUGAAUAUGCAGUUUAAGGUUGGUUUAAAUGGGAAGAGACAGAUUUGUAAGAGAAUUGGCAUACAAUGUUUAGAUUAUCAAAUACACCUUUAAGAAAAUAAUAAAUUUUAUUAGGAGAAAGAGUAUUAGCUGCUUGGUUAGGUAAACCAAAAGGAGGUUAAAUUCAUUUUUCAACAUAUUCAUAUGCAAAUAUGAAAGGAUCUGGUAAUCCAAAUGCUCAUCAAUAUGUUUAACAUUAAGAUUAACAUUUACAUUGGCAUUUUGUAUACUUUGGUUAUAGUAGAGAUUAAAGAAAGGCAUAUGC